CCAAUAGAAAGCGCAUCGAAUUCCCCGGGGGACUUGAUUAACUGGAUUACCCUCAGCUUUCUGGUCAUGUACAGGACAGAUAUCGGCAGUGUUAUCACAAAAUUCACUGAAAUUGGGGCUCAGGUCACCGAUAGAAACCUGUUAGGUCUAGACUCUCAACAUUUUAGAUUGGCGUUUAUACAUAACGAGGAAUCAUUUAUGAUAUCAGACGUUACUCGCGCGAUCUUGUCUCAGUCUGAGACUGAGCUUAAAAGGCUCAUCGAGUCAGCAAAUGUUUCCCCUGAUGAAUAUAAACUAUGUGGAAUGUGUUUGAGCUGGGCUCCUGGUCUUGCGAUUUCGAGUCCAUGUCUGUCGUUAAGCCCUAUGACCUUGUGUCGCUGUUACAAGAUGCUGUACAGCAUGGCUGCCCGGAGUCCGUUAAACUUCUCCUUGAUUAUGGCUCCCUGGUUGUCGAUUCAACAGUUUGGGUCUGCCAUUCUAACGAGACGAAGGGCAGGAUUGUAUUCGACCCUUUCAUAGCCCGGCGAAAGCACUUACUGGAACUGGCCAGGACUAUGCUACCCGAAUACUCACAAGAAGAGCUCCGUCUCGAACGUGACCUUUUGCCUGACUCAAAUGCUGGGGAGAUUCACACUCAGCUUACACAACAUAACAUCCUUGUGCCUUCAUCGCUCCAGCCAUACAUUUAUACGUGUUAUCACGUUGCAUCCGUAUUUCAUGGUCCAACCCUCUCGGUAGACGAUAUGGAGUUUCUGUAUACAGCUGGAUUCCGCGAUAUUGACGUUCCUGAUAGCAAUGGAUAUACACCCAUAGGCAGGGUAAAUCUUGUUUCUUUGAGCGAGCACUCGUUCGAAGAGUACAUUGAAAGACUACAAUGGUUUGUGGGUAAAGGUGUGACUCUGCACUCUCCGCCAACAAUUACAGGCAGCGUGCCGUCCCAUCAUAUUUCCAGAAACAUAACCUACCUUUUGUUACAAACUUCACUGCUCACCCCCGAAACCUCUAUCGAAGGCCCCCAUUGUUUAUGGUCCAAGUCCAUUGGUACUCAUAAUCGUGAUUUGAUCGGACUAGUAUAUGGAUCUGGACACAAGGACAAUUGCUCUUGUUCCUGUUCAAUGGCAGGCUGCACUCCGGUCUCAAUGGCGUUGCGCGUUAUAUUCGGCGGGCCUUGGGAUUAUGAUCCCACGUGUCGGCGGAAGCCAAAAGAAAAUGGAUUCUUUCUUCAGCAAUUCAUUCUGGGUAUACCAAGCUUUGCAGCUGCUGCGCACGAUGUUCUUCGAUUCAUUACGUUUACCGAUCUUGGAUUGACCCACACCUGCUGCCGUUUCAAUUGGAAUGUCAACAGAAUAGAAGACGUACCCUUCGAUGGAGAGGAAGCAGCCGAAAUUCAAGACGAAGAGAGACUGCUUUUUGUUGAUUUGGAAGGACUAUUUGAAGAUAUCAUUCGGGAAUACGAUCAGCUCAGAAUCCCACUGCUGGAGUAUAUCCGCACUCGUUGGUGUCGUCGUGUCCGGGAGUACCUUUGGAAGAACGGCGAGAAGAUAGAUUCUCAGUCUCUUUGUAAUUAUCUGGAUCCGGACUUUGCGCGUCAAUGGGACGCAUGCGCGAUCCCAACGCAGUCAAUAAGUUGGGUUUAAAACAAGGCGCAAAGGUCG